UAACAACUGUGACCUCAUCCGACUCAUCAUAUCUUUCAUCAAUCAGGAGCUUAAGCACAGAACAGCCCUCCAUAUCGCACACACAUUCCCAUCCCAUCCAUCCCAGUUCCAAUGGAUAAAAAUCUGAGGGCAGGGCAUCGAUCUUCCUACUUCUCCGGCGGCGGCUGCAUGGCGUCGCCGUCGUGCUUGCCGGUGGUCCACGAUGAAUUUGAGUACUCUCGCAUCCCCCAGAAUUGCGCCGCCAAGAGGAACCGCGGCUGGAGAAAUCUCCUCAGAAAGUUCAUCAGAGAAACCAGGCCUUCCCACGGAUCCAAGCCUCCUUCCUUUCAAUACGAUCCUGUUAGCUACUCCCAGAAUUUCGACGACGGCUCUCAUCUCGAUGAUCAACCACAACGCCUUUCCUUCGUCUUUCACGAUUUUCGGGAUGCUGCGCUUGAUUGUCGGCUCAAAGUAUGAAUAUGGGAUCGUCUCCGUAAUGCUCAUAUGUGAGGGACCGUAAGCUAGGAGACUGAGAGCUGCUCUGGCUUUUUCCCAGAUUCCCAGAAAAUGGAGCAGAAAAGAGCUGCAUGCUUUUUCAAGCUAUAUACAUGUAUUGGAAAUAACCGUUGAUGACAACGAGGAAUGCAGAAUCUGGCAAUGAAGGUGGUCUGAAUUCUGAAGAAUGGUCUGUAACUGUCUGUGUUGUGUGUGUGUGUGUGUGUUUAUGGUUCAUACAUAAAUGAGGAAAAUUGUGUUCAUGUUGUGUGUGUGUGUUAUGGUUCAUACAUAAAUAAGGAAAAUUUGUUCAUGUGUGUGCUAUAUGAAUUCCCUUCCUGCAAAGCAACAGCCAUUUCAUGAAUCAGAUUCUGUUGCAUCAAAUUGGAAGCAAUCCAUGUAAAUGUUCAAUUUUGAGGUAUUCUUGUAUUUUCAAAAUUCACAA